GGAAUCGAGGCUACUGCUAGGUAUACUGUAGAAAGAUCGUUUUUCCAUAAUGGUGCUCUAUAGAGUAUUCCAGGAAGCAGCCACAAAAAAGUACUUCUCCACUGUAUUCUCUAAGGCCACCAUAUUUCAAGUUGUGGUCUAUUGUCUGAUGAUCAUCCUACCAUUCUUCAUAGCAUAUGCUACCAACGAUUUUUGGCACUACACUAGUUCCUACCAAGAGCAGCCGAGAGUACAGUACCUUAGUCAGCUGGUGAUUCGAGUGGGGAGCGCUCAGAACACAACAGUGUGGAGCUCCUUCAGUCCCGAUGUCACUUUGGCAGGAAGAGAGUUAGAACCCAACAUUACGUUCAACGAAACCGACAGAGAUGGUGAUGAUUUGACCGACUUUUUCAGAAUGACCGUCAGCUUUAACAAUCUUGGUCAUGAUGUCCAGACAAUACAAAUGCUGCUGUUCUUCCAAGUAGACUUAAAUAGGUUUGGUUUCCUCGAGCAAUUCUCGAGAGUGACACUGCAGAGUGUGACAUACACCAGUGAAUCGUGGGCUGUUCCUGCCUCUGGUGUGUGGCUAGGUGGAGAGCUGGAGCUGACUCAGAAUGCACCUCUCCCAGCUAGUGGUACUGUGAACCAGUACAACGAGUCACCAGUGAACAGUAGUGGGACUGAGAGUGUGGAUAUUGCUGAUAUACUGAGCAGAUACAAUGAGAGGAAUGUACGUGUGACCUGGAACAACCAAUACCCGAUAUGGAGUGAUGAAGCAAGUAACAAUUUCUCUAUCCAAGUUGAACUCAGGUACCCUCCCUUCACAGUGAUAUACCAACCCAACUUUUGGCAGUAUUUGAAGUUUGCUUGGGUGCAAUACUUGGCCGUUUUCGUCGUGUUUUGGUGGGUGCUGAGUUACACACAGUCGUUUGUGUUCGAGAACCAAGUCAUCAUGACAAUCAGGAAACAAACUGAGAAAUGGCAUUCCGAUUGACUUCAAAAUUGGUUUAGUAUAAUUUUAGUCAACCAGUUGUCACUUACAAUUAACAUGUCUGGAUUUAUCAACUUAAAUUAAACAAUCCAUGAAUGAAAGUCAAAAAAUUAAUGAUAAUUAUUAUCUAUUGUC